GUAGGUGUUAUCUCAACAUAGACGCCAUGAGAAUAACUAAGGUUCUACGAUCAUAAGAAUCUUUUUGUGCGGGAAAAAAUGUGAAGUUAACAGAAACUCUUGGCAAAAUACUAAUGUAAGAAAAAAAAUAAAAACUGUUUAAAUGAGGAGAAAAGAACCCAUUCAAUGAUUCAUUGUUCAUUCAUUUAUGCAGAACCACACACACUCUUUCAACUCUCUGCUCAGAGCCUGCAAAACUCUGAACCAAGCAAAGCAACUUCACACCUACAUUCUCCAAACCACUUCACACCGCAACCCUUUCUUCGUAACCAAGUUAAUCCAAAUCUACGCCGAUUUCAAUGACCUUCGCUCCGCGCUCGCUCUUCUCCAACAACUCUCCCACCCCAACGUCUUCGCCUUCACUUCCAUCCUCUCCUUCUAUUCCAAGCACGGGUAUCCACACCAGUGCAUCCAAACCUACGCCAAACUGAGGCAAAACGGUGUCGUACCCGAUGGCUACGUCUUCCCCAAGGUGUUGAAAGCGUGUGCCCAGUUAUCGUGCUUGGGAACCGGCACUGUUGUGUACAAAGAUGUCAUUGUGCUUGGGGCGGAGUCCAACUUGCAAGUUCGCAACUCCGUGUUAGAUAUGUACUCCAAAUGUGGUGAUGUUUGGAGUGCAAAGCAAGUUUUCGAUGAAAUGCCUGAAAGAGAUGUUUUUUCGUGGAAUUCCAUGAUGUCGGCUUACGUGUGUAAUGGGCUUCCUCAGAGAGCUGUGGAGGUGUUCCGGGUUAUGAAACGGGAUGGGUGUGAGUGUGCACUGGAUGUUGUCACGUGGAACACGCUGAUGGAUGCUUAUUGUAGGAUGGGAAUGUGCUGCGAGGCGUGGAGGGCUUUUGGGGAGAUUGAGGUUCCUAAUGUGAUUUCGUGGACGAUUUUGAUAUCGGGUUAUGCUAGUGUUGGGAGGCAUGAUGUUUCUUUGGGGAUUUUUAGGAAGAUGAUGAAUGUAGGCAUGGUUUCACCUGAUGUGGAUGCUCUUUCUGGGGUGCUUGUGUCGUGCAGGUCUUUGGGGGCUUUGGCUAGUGGGAUGGAGGUUCAUGGCUAUGGCCUUAAAAUCAUGUGUGGGGAUGUGUUUUAUAGGUCUGCUGGUGCUGCAUUGGUGACAUUGUAUGCCGGCUGCGGUAGACUUGAUCGUGCUGAUAUUGUGUUUCGGAGGAUGGAUAAGAGUGAUGCUGUUACAUGGAAUGCGAUGAUUUUGAGUUUGAUUGAUGUGGGAUUGGGAGAUCUGGCACUUGAAUGUUUCAGAAAAAUGCAGGAAAGGGGGGUGAGGAUUGAUGGCACAACUGUGUCUACUAUAUUGCCUGUUUGUGAUUUGAGAUGUGGAAAAGAGAUGCAUGCUUAUGUUCGGAAAUGCUGUCUCAGUUCUGUGAUUCUGGUUAAUAAUGCCCUUGUUCAUAUGUACUCGGUCCGUGGAUGCAUUGCAUAUGCAUUUGCUGUGUUUUCCACCAUGGUGGCCAAGGACUUGGUUUCAUGGAACACGAUUAUUGGAGGGUUUGGCACACACGGGCUUGGCCAAACUGCUCUGAAGCUUUUGCAGGAGAUGAGUGAUUCAGGUGUUAGACCUGAUUUGGUGACUUUUUCGUGUGUACUUUCGGCUUGUAGUCAUUCAGGACUUGUGGAUGAGGGGAUCAAACUUUUCUACAGAAUGACAAAAGACUUGGGUUUGACACCAGUGAGGGAACACUUUUCUUGUGUCGUUGACAUGCUUGCCCGUGCUGGUAGGCUUGAAGAGGCUUUUGAUUUCAUAAACCAAAUGCCCCAGGAACCAGAUAAGCAUGUUUGGGGAGCUUUACUUGCUGCCUGCCAAGAACACCAAAAUGUUAGCGUUGGAAAAGUAGCCGCAGAAAAAUUGAUCAGUUUAGAACCUCAAGAAGCUGGUCAUUAUGUGACGCUGUCAAAUAUAUACUCAAGAGCUGGAAGAUGGGAUGAUGCUGCAAUAGUAAGGAGGAGGAUGCAAGGCCAUGCAUUGCCAAAGCCGUCAGGACAUAGUUUGGUUGGUAUUGGAAGUUAGCCUAGAGGAGAACACAACUUGAUCAAAUCAAUAUGCUUUGUCAAAUUGGCACCAAGAGUUAGAGGUUCCAGAACAUCGUGGAAGCUAUUAAAACUUACGAAGGCUGAAAAGGGUUGAGUCAAUUAGAAGGUAACCAAAUCUGGCUUAAAUUGGCUAUUGAACCUAUCUGAUGAAACCUGUAUAACCUUGAGUACUUUGCAGUUAAUGUUUAACUAAACUAGUUUAUGAACACUUCUACUGUUAGGUUAGGUUUCUUUAAGUUUUAUAAGGUCUUAAACUUGAUUUUACACAUGUACAGAUUUUUGUCUGGGAUCAUUCAUGUUAUUGUUUAUACUUAAUAUACUAUUCAAUGAUACAACGAAAGUUA